AACCCCAAAAACCCCCAAACUUCCCCCAAACCCCCCAAACUCCCCCGAUGGCGGCGUUGGCCUCGUCCCUGAUCCGGCAGCGCCGCGGCGGCCCCCGGGACGCGCCCGCCCCGCGCGCUUCGGGCCCCGCGCGCGCCCCCGCGGCCGCUCGGCCGCCAUCGCUGUGCCAGCGGCAGCUGCGCCGCCUCGUGGCCAAAGUGCGGGACUGCGGCCGCGGGCGGCGCCCCAGGGAGAAACCGCCCGAGCCGCAGCUGCGCGGGGCCGUGGCGCGGCUCCGGGGCGGUCACGGCCAUUUCCUGCAGAUGGGCCCCGACGGGCGCCUGGAGGGGACCCGCGAGGAGCCGGGCCCGGCCACGCUGUUUAACCUGAUCCCGGUGGGGCUCCGCGUCGUGGCCAUCCAGGGCACCCGCGCCGGUCGUUACGUGGCCAUGAACGGCGCCGGCCUCGUCUACACCUCCGUACAUUUUACCCCCGAGUGCCGCUUCAAGGAGUGCGUGUUCCAGAGCUCGCACGUGCUCUACGCCUCGGCGCUGUACCGGCAGCGCCGCUCGGGCCGCGCCUGGUACCUGGGGCUGGACCGGCACGGCCGCCCCAUGGCCGGGCCCCGCGUGCGCAAGGACAAGGCGGCCGCGCACUUCCUGCCACAGCUGCUCGAGGUGGCGCUGUACCGGGAGCCGUCCCUGCACGAGGUCGAGGAGCCCCCCGGGACCCCUCCCCCACCCGGGACCCCUCCCCCACCCCCCGAUGACCUCUGACCUCGCCUGUGACCUUUGACCUCGGAUCGACCCCGACCUCUCCAAGAAAUGAAAACCUGCACUGAAAAAUCCCCCAAAAAAGCUGAAAAAAACCCAAAAAUCCCUCAAAAAACCCUGGAAAAA